GGCGGCGGCGGCAGCUGCGGCGUCGGUCUAGGCUGUGGCCGGGGGAAGUGAAUGGUUUUACCCAGAGGGCCCUGCGCCGCGUUUCUCCGCUGGCACCGGCGCUGCUCCCUUCUCCUCCCCGGCCAUGGCGUUCACAUUCGCGGCCUUCUGCUACAUGCUGGCGCUGCUGCUCACCGCCGCCCUCAUCUUCUUCGCCAUCUGGCACAUUAUAGCAUUUGAUGAGCUGAAGACUGAUUACAAGAAUCCUAUAGACCAGUGUAAUACCCUGAAUCCUCUCGUACUUCCAGAGUACCUCAUCCAUGCUUUCUUCUGUGUCAUGUUUCUUUGUGCAGCAGAGUGGCUUACACUGGGUCUCAAUAUGCCCCUCUUGGCAUAUCAUAUUUGGAGGUAUAUGAGUAGACCAGUGAUGAGUGGACCAGGACUCUAUGACCCUACAACCAUCAUGAAUGCAGAUAUUUUAGCAUAUUGUCAGAAAGAAGGGUGGUGCAAAUUAGCUUUUUAUCUUCUAGCAUUUUUUUACUACCUAUAUGGCAUGAUCUAUGUUUUGGUGAGUUCUUAGAACAACACACAGAAGAAUUGGUCCAGUUAAGUGCAUGCGAAAAGCCACCAAACGAAGAGAUUCUAUCCAGCAAGAUCCUGUUUCCAAGAGUAGCCUAUGGAAUCUGAUCAGUUACUUUAAAAAUUGACUCCUUAUUUUUUAAAUGUUUCCACAUUUUUUGCUUGUGGAAAGACUUUUCAUAUGUUAUCCUCGGAUAAAGAAUUUAAAUGGAAUUAUGUUUAAAUUAAUAUAAAAUGAUUACCUCUGGUAUUGACAGGUUUGAACUUGCACUCCUUAAGGAACAGCCAUAGUCCCUUGAAUGAUUGCAUUAAUUAUAGACUGUCCUUAGUCCAUUGGAAGCUUUUGUUUAUAGGAACAUGUAGGGCUCAUUUUGGUUUUAUUGAAAUGCCAUCUAAUUAUAAAUUAGCUGUAGAUAUCAGGUGCUUCUGAUGAACUGAAAAUAUAUAUCUGAUAUGUGGGAAACUUCAUGGGUUUCCUCAUCUAUCAUGUAGGUUAUUAAAUAUGGAUACAUUAAAAAAGUAAGGGUGGGAUUUUUUCUUUGACUUGAGUAUUAUCCCUGCAUAUUGCAUGAAUGAAAGAUUUCCCAUAUUUCCAUCAGAGUAAUAUACUUGCUUUAAUUCUUAAGCAUAAGUGAACAUGAUAUAAAAACAUGCUGAAUUAUGAAGAAUGCAUUUAAAGCUAUUUUAAAUGUAUUUUAAUUUGUAAGACGUUAUCAAGAAAUUGGUUAUUCUACUUACUGUUCUAAUCUGGUGGUAAAGGUAUUCUUAAGAAUUUGCAAGUACUUAGAUUUACAAAACUGAAUGAGAGAAAAUUGUAUAACCAUCCUGCUGUUCCUUUAGUGCAAUACAAUAAAACUCUGAAAUUAAGACUAAUUUUCAGUGCAUUAUUUUAAAGAUUACAAAUAGCUAUUUCAUAAACUUGCUUAAUCCAUAAUAAAGACAUAUAACUCAAUUUGAAAAAAAUACUAGAUGAGUUUUUUUUUUGUUUUUUGUUUUUUUAAAUACCAUGUCUGGAUUUAAAAAGGAAGAUUUUUAAAUGGUUAAGCACAUUACAUUUUAUUGUCACUUGACAAAAUUUAUAACCAUUGAUGGUGCUGCAUCAUCAUUUUUCUUACUAAUUUAAAAAAUUAUUGUGGCACUUAAAAUGUUUUAAUUUUUUUUCCUUUUUGAAACAGCAGGUUUUAAGGUAAAAUGACUUAUAAAUUUGAGUUUUUGCUACUUCUUGUAAGGCAGGUAAAUUAUGGCUUGCAUGUUUUUAUAAGCGUUUUUGUGCUUUAUUUGGGUUGGGGAAGUUAAGGCAGUUGAAAAUAGUGCACAUGGUUCAGAAUUUCUUAAAGGAUGAAAGAAAACCAAUAUAUAGAAAUUCCACAUAAUGAUCAAGGGAGUUUAUGGAUGUCUUUGUGGCAGUCUAAGAAGCCCUCGAAUUAGAUGCUGUUUUACUUUCUAUUAGUGAAAAAAUGCUUCCCCACCUUUGGGAGAGUAGCUGUUACCGUUUUGCGAUUGGGUAAUGGAGUUGAGUACGUUGAAGAGAAUAGAUCUACCAUAAGAUUGAAGAGAGUCUUAUUUCAUAAUGAGAGAAGCUUUGAAGACCUUGUUUUUGCUAGUCUGGAGAAUGCCUUGAGGGAUCUGACCUUUGGUCUGUUGUUGCAGUAAAUUAUUUAUUGAGCACUUGCUAGGCAGUGAAUAUUCAUGCUUUGAGUAUGAGCAGUGAUUCAGUUUCUGAUCCACCUAAUUAUGUCAGCACACACUUAUUAUUAUUCUUUCUUGUUCACAAGUAUUUUUGAUCAUGAAAGACCUGGCCAAGUCUUCUGUCCUCCAGAUAAGUUCCCUGGGGCUGUUACUUUCGUAUUCCUGUCAGUAUUUUCACAAGCCCUUGCUGUCUUAGCAAACAUUCCUUUCUAAGUUUUAAAAAACAUCCUUUUAAUAAUCUAUUCCAGAAUAUUCUCCAGAAUUAAUGCAAGAUUUAUUGGUUGCAAUUUGUGGAAGCUGCCUUCUCAUGCUUCAGAAUUUAGAUUUAUAGUCCUUAGCUGAUUCCUCAAAGAUGAUCGACAGUGAGGUUCACCCAUCUUGGUGGUAGGUUGUUAAUUCUUAGGCAUGUAAGUUUUUAGAAGAUUGAGUACCUUGAUGGCCUCAUAAUAUCUACCCAUCUUUACCUUUUCUAAUGUUUUAUGAAAUUAAAUCCCUUACCAAGAGAAAGAAACAAAGUACAUUUGACAAUAUCCCAUUAACUCUUCCUUGCUCUGAAUUUAAUUUGUUCUCCUCAUUAAUAUUUUUGGGUAGCUGUAGACUUAUGUUAUUUCUGCAGGUCCAGCUGAGGCAUAGUUAGCCUAGAUUUGUAAUCCUUCCCAGCUUAUAUUAAACUGCUUCUCCCUGUGCAGCAACAGCUGUUUAUUUAGGUACUCCUUUUCCUUGUUACAAUUAGUAUUGUUGUCAUGUGCUUUGAUUUAUCUUUAAAAGCUUUCCAACUCUCAGAAACCAUUAGUGUAACACACUGUGGUUUAUAUUUAUACUAACAAUUCUUUGUUGCUAUGACUACUGUAGAUUCUUCUGAGUUAAAAAUCUUAUAUAACAAGUGUAGUCUAUUUAGAAGUUAUUCUCUUGAGUCAUAAUACUAUAUAAUGGCAAUAUGUCCCCUUAGUACUAAGGAGGUAUAGGGGUAGAAAUUUAUUUGAAUGCUGAUAUCUGAAUUUUAUUAAUAAUGUUUGAUGAUUUUCAUAGUGCUUAGCUGAUUUCCCUACCCUGUACCCCAGGGUGGAGGAGAGUUGGGUCCCAGGCUAUAGACAGAUUUUUAAUUUGUUUGAAAUUUGAAUUAUUUUCCAUGAGAAGGUGGGGAGGAGUUGAUAGGAAAUGAUCAGAAACCCACUUUUGACAUGUAUUAGGUACUACUAAAGCAUUUUAGAAAACCUCAUGCAUUAUACCGUGAACUGCCAGACCUACCAGUCAAGUUCAGAUACCCAGAUAAUAAUGGCCUUUCACCAAACAACAAAGUACAUGGCAGUUUGCAAUGUGUCUCUUUUAAAGCCUUUCAGUAUUUUUCAGCUUGAGGACCAAACUAAUAGUUCUCUUAAGAGCUCUUCUCUGCUCCUCAAAUCAACAUAUUUUGAAAAUGUCAGAUAUUUGCCUAGGAAGCAAAUAGAGAUGUAGAUAUACUUUGAAACUAGCAGAUAUUUUCCCUGGUACAACUUUUCUCUUUUCCUCUAGUUAUGUUUAUGAUCAGUGUUAAUGUGUGGUGCAAAUAAUGACUUGUGUAUCUUUCAUACUCUGCAGGGGGAUGGGCUUUCAUUUUUGGCGUGGCUACAUCAUAGCAUUGUGAUAACUGAGUCCAUUCACAUAAUGAUCUGUAUUUAAAAGUAUAUAUCUAGUUUACUUUUUAAUACAAUUUAAUGCUCAUGAAUGUGCAUUUCUCAAUCAAUUGUACAGUAUAAUUGUAAAUCAAAUUCUGACAGCAAAAAUAUUUUAAAACAUUCUUUUCAAAGAGGAAAGAUAAAAAUUGAUACUGUGUCUAGCAUUGUUCACUAAAGUACUCAUAUUCUUCCUUUUGGGGAACCUAAUAAUGUUAGUCUCAAAUAACUAAUAACUUAAGCUCUUUUGCUUAAACCAGUCAUUGAUCUGCAGUCAGACCAGCAGCUAAUAAAUCUCUGGUACCAGUAUAGCUUAGAAGAUGGUUUUUAACUAAUGGAUCUCUGAUAUUAAUAAUAUAGCUCAGAAGAUGGUUUUGAACUAAUAUUCCAGGGUGAUGCCAAGAGAAAAAAAAUGUAUUUCUGGAUAUGUUGAAUAACUUUCUUAGCACAAUUUUAUUUUGGUUAAAAUUGAGCAUUCUGAAGCUAAAUGUCUAAAAGGAGUGAACAGUUUUGCUGCUGCUUCUGCUUGGUGUGGAAAACAGUAUUAACUAUAUAAGGUGAAUAAUUGGUGAAGGGAUCCGAGUGAAGAUUUUAUUCUACAUUAAUAUACAUUGUGGAAGUGAAGAUGUAUUGAAUGUCUUGAAAUGGAAAAGAGUAAGUUUUUGUUGCACAAUGCUUUUUCUAAACAUUUACAUUUCUUCGAUUACUGUGUUCAUGUAUUCUGAAGAAGAAAAUUUUAAUAGAUUGGUGACAGGGUAGACCCUGAAACUACUAAGGAAAACGCAGAGUGUAGUUAGCCAUCUGUGUUCAUGGUUUAUUAAAAUCUAAGUUAAUGGUGCUGUACCACUGUCCAAAGAAAAUGCCCUAAGUAGUCCUGCCGUCUUAGAGUUUGCUUGAUUUAUUUUGCUUUUGUAUAUUUAAUAAAAACCGUCUCAAAUGUU